AGUGGCCCCGGGGCCCGAGGGACGGCUCUACCUGCAGGUGAGGAACGCUCAGGGGACGUCGUGAGAGGAUCUGAAACCGGGCAGUCAGGACUCAGGAUCGUGGGUUUCGUGGUGAUCCGGGCGCCACGGCAACCAGCUGGAAGCUGGAAGCAGCCGGGUCAAGACCAAAGAGAACGAUGUUCCCCCAGCACAGAGUCUUAGUCCCAGAAUCAGCCAAUCAGCUCCUCUCAAAGUGCGCCCCCUGGAAGGACAACGCAUGCUGCACCGCCAACACCAGCGCCGAAGCCCACAAGGACAACUCGUACCUGUACAACUUCAACUGGGACCACUGCGGCGUCAUGAGCCCCAAGUGCAGGGCGCACUUCACCCAGGACACGUGCUUCUAUGAGUGCUCCCCUCACCUGGGGCCCUGGAUACAAGCGGUGGACCAGAGCUGGCGGAAGGAGCGCAUCGUGGACGUUCCUCUGUGCCGGGAGGACUGUCACAGCUGGUGGGAAGACUGCAAGAACGAGUACACCUGCAAGAGCAACUGGCACAAGGGAUGGGACUGGAGCUCAGGUAUUAAUAAAUGCCCUGAAGGCAGUAAGUGCAGGAAGUGGACCCAGGUCUUCCCGACCCCGAAGGCCAUGUGUGAGCAGAUCUGGUCCCGGUCCUACGUCUACUCGCCCCUCCCCCGGAGCUCCGGCCGCUGCAUGCGGCUGUGGUUCGACGGGCCCAACCCCAACCGGCAGGUGGCCGAGUUCUACCUGAACGGGGCCCGGCGGCACCGCGGUGCGGCCCUGACGGCCCUGCUGCUCCCGGCUGUGGCUUCUCUCUCUGUGAUGAUGUCAUGAAGUGAUCUGGGAUCAGAUCUGGGAUCAGCUGCGGAGCCAAUAAAAACAUGUAUACGCUC